CAGGCGACCAUAGAGAAGCAGCGACGGCGGCGGCGGCGGCGGCGAGAGCGGCCCGGCCCUCCCUCGCUCCCUCCCUCGCUCGGCUCAGGGAGAACCAACUGGACUGAUAAACUGGAACCCAGCAUCCUCAGCAGCCCCCAUGCUGUCAUCUGGUGUAGAGACGCAGCCAGUACCUCUUGAUUCCCCCAUGUCUGCGGGGGCCCAGGAGUUGUACACAGAACUUCCAGUAAACAUCUCUCCGGAGCUUUCUGCGGAGUUUGAGCCAAGCAUUAUUCCAGAUGCAAAACCCGAAGCCUCGAGCUCCUUGGUACAGACUUUGCCUUUAGAACCACAGAGAACUCAUGUGGAAAAUUGCUCUCAAGACGCUGACUCCAUGGGUGAUGGGGAAGAGCCGAAGGGUUGUGGCCUGGCUGCUGACUGUGCAACCAGAGAUCCUGCAAAAGAGAGAGUGGAGCAGGAGGAGGAGGAGGUGAGAGCCCCCAAGGAGGGAUCGGUGAAAGGCCAGGAGCAGCCUUCCCCAGCAGCUGCUGAAGGAGCACGUGGCUCAUGUCAGGUGGUCCUUGGGAAGUGGCCGAAACCGGACCUGAGUGGGAGCCCCUCUGAGGAUAAGCCGCAGCAAACAGAAGAAAACCAAGGAAACAUACAGGUUACAACAGAAACUCUGCCAAAACCUACUGAAGAAGGACAAGGUAUGAAGGUCAAUGGGACUAAGAUGAUUAGUAAUGCAGAACACAGGAAUGACAAAGUGAGUAAAAGUCUCCCACCUGGGCGCCUCAACUGCCCAGAUGUAGACAAAAGCGUGACCAGUGGUGAGGUUUCAGAAACCUGCACCCUAGUGUCCCUAGAGCCUUUAACCUCUGUGGAGCCUGGAUUGACAAAAGCGCCUUCAACAGAAAAAGAAUGUGGAAUAUCCAGUGCUCAUCCACUUUGGCCGCCGUCACCAGAGGACAGUGCCAGUCUCCCACUGCACAGUGGAGAUACACUAUCCAAACUGAGCCUUGACCAUAAAGCCGUUGACAAUCACCAACACAACUCUGGCUGUGAUGCUGAAAGUCUUUCUAAGACCAGCACUCCUCAGGCGAAGAGCAAGGAAGGUGGUGUUAUUCCUUUGGAAGCAGACCCCCAAGGGUCAUGUUUCCCAUUGAGCUUACCCUGUGUGGGGUCUGGAAGUAUCUCCCUUGGAGAAUGUGGCCCUGGAGAUGACCUGCAGAAGAUAGAAAAACCCUUCUGGACUGGAGAGGUCCUGAGAGAAGACUCAGCUUCUAGACUGGAAGAAGGAGUUCAGAGUGUCAGGAGCAAAAGUAGUAAAGUACUUCCUGUUAACUCCAAGCCAAGAGGAGUCGAGAGCACCACAGCUCAUUUGAACAUUGCCAGUGAUCAAAGAGGAGGUGCCCUUGAUAGCUGCUGCAUACGCAGCCCCAGUUGGGAGACUCAAGGAAGUCUCCGACAAGAGAACUCUCUUUCUCCUUCAGAAGAAGAUCCUAUGAACAUUCCUUCAGAAAUUCAAGAAAAUUUCAAAAAGUAUGAAGGCAAGAGGGUAACUCGCCCUUGUGAUACAUACCAAGACUCCAUAGAGGAAAGUAACUCCAUGGUGAUGCAGACUGAAGAAUCAGAAAAGACUUUCCCUGGCAACCCAAGUGUAUUAGGCAAGAAUAUUGACAGUCAGAGUCCUCGUUCUUUGGUCAGCAGCCAGAGAUGCCUGGGAAGCAUCACUGAGAAAAGAGACCCCACUGCUUGUUCUGUGCCAGAUGAACCGCUCACGCCUGUAAGUAAAGUCUCAGAGGUCAAAAGUGUUCUUCUUCAGCUACAGACUGACCAAAAAUGUGACCUUGCUAACCAGCCUGAGGCAAAAGAAACUAUAGGAAUCUCAAGUAGGGUUGUUAUUCCAUUUGUAGAUGGACAGAGAAUUGCUUCAUAUCCUGUUGAGUCCAAUGAAGACAAAGGGAAGCUUUUAUGUGUCUUAUCUGGAGAGAUGUCCUUUGAUUCUUGCGACCACAAGGAAGCAACAGCCCCCCAAGAGUCCUCUCUAGGUGAUCAUGCAGAAGAUAUCUCUAAGGGAACAAGUGAGCUUUCUCAGCAACAGGCUAUGUCAGAGCAUGGAGCCGAGGUCUUUGCCAACCACCAAACCAUUCUGACCCAAAUGAGAGAAGUGAAGGAUGCCUUCCACCCAGGUGCCACCACCUGCCGUGCCUCUUGCAAGAAUCAUGACAUCAGUGCUAAAGCAGUAAGCUUCAAAAGGGUGCCAAACAACACAGUUAUAGGAAAAUUAGUGGCCAUGUCAGGCCUUGAAAAAGAAGUAGAAUUAUUUGAACAGGCUCCUGACUUAGAGCAUGAAGGUGCUCAACCUCAGGAAUGUCACAGCUGCCAACAGAGUGUUGAGAAUGCCCCAGAAGGGGACAUGUGCUCAGAGGGUAUUACCUACAAGUCCACUGCAAUUUCCCCAGAAGCUGAGAAUCAGUCUGUAUUGAACUCUGAAGACAUAUUGGUGCCCAGCGAUCCUCUCUGUCCAGGAACAGAAAGUAGUCUGGUAGAAAGCAUCCUCAGUGUGAGACAUCCCUCAGGGGAAAAUGAACAUUCUAGAGAAGAAAUUGAAGAUAGUUUUCAAGAAGGCAAGAUCAGGAAUGAAGUGGCUUCACAUUCCUUACUCAGCAGAGCCUUAAACAAAAGCACACUUGCCUUGAGCCAUGUUAAGCCUGGAAAUUUCAUAGCAAGACCAGUCGGAAAGCUAGGUUUAGAAGAAAAGAAACUGGGAACACACAGUAAGGAGACCGUGUUACCUUGUGAAUCCCAUCCCUCUGAACAUAGUGUUUUGGAAAGCCAGUUAUCCUCAAACAUUCCACGUCCUAAAGAGCUAAAGGACCUGUGUCUUGACACAAAUGGGACAAACCAAGCAGAUGGGACAAAUCAAGGCCUUAAUUGCCAGAGUGACCUUAACACUCCAGUUGAAUGCUGGAGUGGAAGUAAUUCAUCCAAGAGCAAACAUCAUGGCAAGGGAAUCUUUGAACUCCAGCACACAGAUAGUACUAACAAAGGCUUGAGCUCCAGUCACAAAAAGCUGCUAGUUAAAGACUUGAGUAAUGUCCCUCUAUCUUGCAGUCUUCCAAAGAAAAAUAUUUUUAAAACUUCUCUUGGUACUGAAGACUCUCCUGUGUGCAGAACAGACCCAGCUCAGCUUGGCAAUAAGCUUGGAGAAGAGGUGUCAGAAAUAAAAGAGUCUAAUUCUGCUGGUAGUCACAGAAGGCAAGAGGAGCCCUCCUGGCUUCAGCCAUAUGGGUCUUUGAGGAGUGACCAGUCUCAGGGAGGAGAAGGACUGAUUGACCAGGACACUAUUUUACCGUGUACUUCUGAUUCUUUUAAUGUGAAAUCUCUGAAAACUGUACCAUCUUGUGAAGGGACACCCUCAGUUGAACAGAGAGAUGACAGCCUUUGUAAUGCAGUGAGCUGGAAGAGUAAGAUGCAUGGGAUGGGAUCUGUUACCAAUCAUGAGCCAAAUACAGAGUUGUCAGAUACCGUGAAUGUGUUGUUUGGGAGUACUCAUCGUGGGAGAAUUGUUGAAGAAAUGCUUCCAGAGGAGAUAGAAGGGACAACAACAGAAGGUGGGUUAAGGCCACAAACAAAUUCUGCAUUUGAUGAUGAAGAUUCCUUAGAAGUUUAUUCCAAAGAGCUUGUGUUAAGAUCUGCCAAGACAAUGCCUUUGCAUAUCUCUUCCCAGGAAUAUUCAGGGACUGGUUCAGAUGGUCGCCUGGGUGAAAAAGCUGAAACAAAACAGCUUUCUGAAUCAGUAAAUGUCAAAGUGCUCCCUGAAAUUGUGAAGAGCAGCACAUUGAAGACCAAGGUGAAGAAAAGACCACCUGGAGGAACAUCUAACAUUGAUACGAGAGGCAGAAGAGGUACACCUGCAGCAUUCCAGCCAAAGCUAGUCUCCAAUGGGACACCUUCAUUCUUUAAAUUGAAUCCAGAAAAUAAAAUGAACAGAAGAGAGACUAAAGAACACCAAGGAACACUAAAUGAUUUGAAAGUCAGAGAGGAAUCUGAAGGCAAAACUUUGAAAGAAGAUGGUGGUGAUGAGAGUUCAGAUGCUUAUAGUCCACGUUUUAAACAGAAGAGGACGUGUGGAGAGACUGAAACCCAGAAAGCCCAAAUUGUCCAGGGCUGCAGAUGUCUUAAAGGAGGGCAGUGGGGCAUGCAGCCAAAGAAAAGAGGAACCUUUCCCCAGCAGGAAGCAUCCCUGCAUGCCAAGUCUUUUAUCAGGCCAACAGCGGGCCCAUCAUCGCAAGACUCGGCAAGUCAAAGCCGCCUUAAGGGACACGCACAUACCCAGAGCGCUUUGACGGAUAUCAUAGGAGCACAGGUGACCAAGGAUGACCCUUCUCCUCAGUCUCUAAAGAUGGAUGAUUCAGAGGCAGGAAGACGAGCUCUUCAUUUACGUCCCAAGACUGAGUUGUCUUUAGGUCCGUGUUUCCCCAUCUCCACCAUAAUACCCCAAGACAUCGGUGGUAGUGGAUGUGAGAAAAUGCGCUGUACCUUUGCGAUGACCCCAUAUCAAAGAAAAUCCCUUCCACCAUUGAAGAAAAGGCAAAACAUCACUUUGGAGCCCAUCAAGACAGGAAGAAAAAUGAGUGAUGUCCAAAAGUGGAAUCUUGUAAAGAAUGCUUCAGAAACCAUGUCAGUCAAAGAACACAAAGUCCUCAGCUGGUCCUCUGCUGCCCCUUCAUCCUCAGCUUCAGUGGCCAAUCACACGCCCAAGCCGAAAGCCAUGGGACGCCUUCUGCUGAACAGCACGAGACUGCAGAAACCUACCAAAGAGUCGGCCUUGCUCAACAAGUUGUCUGUUCUGGCCGGGAAGCUGCUGGCCACGUCCACAGCGACCCAAGAGUUAGGAUCUCAGCCACGCUCUGCCCAACUUCUUCCAGUGGCCGAGACCUACAAACGGCUCAGGUUUAAAAAGUUCCAGGAUGAAUCUCCCUACGAUAUGAUGCAGCUAAACCUACACGUAGGUGAUUAUGGGUGCAACAAGACACUUGACAGUCAGACUUUGGCACUUUAUCCCCUCGAAGCCCUCAGAGUGGGCUUCUUAGACUUGAUGAACAAAAUGCCAUCAUUGCAAUUCAAUGCCCAAAUCUUCCCGAUAUCCUUUCGCAUCAACCUGGACUCAGAGCUCCCAGCUGAUUCCACAAGGAUUUUUUCUGAGCACUGCUCCCCUCCUGAGAGUGCCCCAGGAGGGGAUCCCAUGCACCCACCUCAGCCUCCAAAGUGGACCUUUUCCUUCCUUAUGUCCCAGGGUUCUUCAGGGACAGCCACGUUCAGGGAAGAUGACGGGCUCCAUUGUGAGCUGCUCUCCCAUGCUGCUCUGCAGACCCUCUCCCCUGAGCAAGCCCCUGGUAGCAAUGCUAUCGUGAAGGUCAGAGCUGGUUGCUCUGUCCUUGGCCUUCAUACAGUUUUAGCACUUUCUUCCCCUGGAUGUUAUAGGAUCUGGACGAGAAGAAGGAGCUUAUCCAGUCAUUUGCCUACCAUCCAGAGGCUCUUCAUGACUCAGUUUACACAGGGCUUCAAAGGGUUAAGGCUUCCAGCGUCUCUGUCCAACAGUCUGUUCCCUUCUCUGCCCUACUCAGUGGGCAGGGUACUGUCCAUAUGGAGCCAGCAUGGUCCUUCUGCCUGCCCCUUCGAAAUCACUACUCUCCAUUCCAAACACAGCAAGUGGCCACCAACUCUGGGCAUCAGGAACAGCCAUGCCAUCUUACCAAACGUGCCUCUGUUGGGCAUGGAAGCCACCUCUGCCAGGACUGGAGGCAGUCCAGUUAGGCCGGGAUCUCCGCUCUCUGCUUUGGCACCAAAGUCCCGCUUAGCCUUUGAACCAGUAGUCAGUGUGCUCCGGCUUUCAGCCUCUGACUUCCAGAUUCCUGCUUUCAAAGAGCUUCGGAGAGUCCCUGCGGUGUGCACUAGUCAGCAUAGUAGUGCCACCCAGAAAGAGAUUGAGCCAGAGAAGCGGCCAAAAAAAGUCUCACAGAUUCGAAUCCGGAAAACCAUUCCUAGGCCAGACCCCAACCUCACCCCGAUGGGACUGCCUCGACCCAAAAGGCUGAAGAAGAAGGAGUUCAGUUUGGAAGAAAUAUACACCAAUAAAAAUUACAAGUCCCCUCCUGCAUCCAGGUGUUUAGAGACCAUCUUUGAAGAGCCCAAAGAGAGAAACGGGGCACUCAUUUCAGUCAGCCAACAGAAGAGAAAGCGGGUCCUGGAGUUCCAGGAUUUUACUGUCCCUCGGAAGAGGAGGAAUCGUGGUAAGAUCAAGGUGAUGGGCAGCUUCACCAGGGCAAAAAAGGCCGCCCUGCAAAGCCGUGAGCUGGAUGCCCUUCUGAUUCAGAAACUGAUGGACCUGGAGGCCUUCCUUGCCAAGGAGGGAGAAGAUGAGCCGGCGUCAGGCUGCUGAGAAGUCAGGUCUGUGGAGGCGUUUGGGGACCUCAUGUUGGUCCUUCUCUUGGACCUCCUUGGCAAGGAUCUCUUGGCUUUUCCUGGUCAUUUCAACCACUCAACCCGCAUGAGGGAUCCCUGGUUACCGAGGCGAGAGGAGCUCUCUGCUCUGCUGCUGAGUGGAGGGCCCCAGGAAGGCCUGCCUGCCCUCUCCUGCAGCCUGGGGAGCUCCCCGGGGCCCUGCAGCAGCCCUCCUUCUGUGAUAACACUAGGAUUCCCAGGCCCCACCCACCUCAUUUUGCACAUCCCUGUGGACUCUCCAUUGUUUACAGCGGUGCUAGUCACAGAAGCUAAAUCCUCUUGUUCUUGGGAUCCCCCAGCUCACCGGAGGAGGUGGGGAGUGGUUCGUCCUGAUUUUGUUCUUAAAUCCUGGGAACGAGUCGGCUCAGAGCUGGGUUCUGUGUGUGUGGCCUGCCCUCCACGGCCCCGCCCCACCUGCCGUGGCCUUGGUCGCCGGCACCAGAGGAGCCCAACAAGGCGCCAUUCCAAGUCAGUUGCACUUUUCCAUGUUGUGGUGUUUCCUCUUUUUAUUAUUAUUAUUAAUUAUUAUUAUGACUGCUGCGUGUUGGGAGCCUUUAAAUGUGAUUUUUGUUUUUAUUUUUGUUUUUUAACGUGGAGGGGAAAGGCAAAGACUGUUCAAUAUGUGACGUGUCUCUGACCCAGUCUCUCACCGGGCAGUGGGAAGCCAUAGCCCCUCUCUCCCUAUGAGCCUUUCCUUCCCUCUGGGCCGGGCUUGCUUGCCGGCCCAGAAAGGAGGGUCCCUGCUGUGUGGCCAGGGCCAAAGGGCUGUCACCUCCAACCCAAUGGACUUAAGGUCAGAGAGCAAGUUUUUCUCCAGGUAGCUUUUAACAUACUAGAAUCAAGUGGGAUUUUACGAUGUUUUUGUGGCCAAAACAUGGUGGUGAAGGAUUGUGGACUUAAUCCCUGGGGCUGCCUGGGUUGAAAGCUUAUUACUCCCUAAGUCUCCAGAAGUGUGAAAAGCCAUCUGCCCCCAGGGAGGAGAGGAUGCCCUCCACUCCUUGCUGGAAGUCGCCUCAGGGAAGCCAACCCUGGCUGGUCCCAGGCAAGGACUCCAGAAGCUCUGGGUCACUGUGUUUGUGAAACAUACUUGAAGCAUUGGGGAGAAGCAGAGGGAUUGCUUAGCUGUUGGUUCCUCCUUAGUGCCUACAGGGUUAUUUGGUCAGAGGGAUGCUGUCUUGGUCUCCAUGUGAUAUACCUGGCCCUCCUCCUUCCCUCUCCUCUCUGCAUUUCUCUUUCACGCAAGCAGGUCUUCCUAUGAACUAGUGUAGAGAGCUGGGGUUCUCAGCCAGGGAGUGGGGUGCUCCCCCCAUCUUCCAGACUCCUAGCAGCUUUUCCCAUCCCUGCAGGCCACCCUGCUAGGGCGCCUUGAGACCUGCACCUGGCAAGCCUCCAGGGGGCACAUAAGACUCACCUGCUGGGUCUUCCGUACCCAUGGGUGAGGAGAGGGAGUUUGCCUCUCUGCCUUCCCUCUGCAGGUUGGCUGUGCCAAUUUGGGAGAGUUUGGGCUUGUUCUCUUGGAAGCUCCUGGCCUGGACAUAGGGAUAUAGGGCAUCCGCUACAGCCUAAUGGGACCAGACCCCAGGUGGACCAACUCAGUACCCUACAUGGUUGUACCACAGGCCCCAGCCUUUCGCUUGUCGAUCAGCCGAAUUCUAGAGGCCUGUGUCCUCAGGACCUGCAUUUCACCUUGAUACCUCUGACUAGGAUGGGGGUCUCGAUGCUAAGCUCCUCCCUCUAUGCACUACUUUUGAGGAGUAGUGUGCGCCCUUCACAGCCUCUUUUCAGGGAGCCCCCCUACCUAGCUGUCUUGUUCCAGUGGGACCAUAUUGUCAGAUCCAUUGGUGGUGUCAGAAGGUUGGAAGGUACCAAGGCCAUGACACUUGGUGGACCAGAAGGCAGACACUGCAGCAGUAGCUGUGAUGAUGUAAGUAGAGAUGUCACAGCCAGAAGUGACACUUGUGAAGGCUGGCUGACUAGGGACUGGGGCUAGUGAAGCUCUGGCAACACCAUGGAGGAGGAGGGGAUCCAGGGGCCCACUGUGCUUUGUACCCAGGCAGCCCUGGCUAUUUCUGAGUCAUUUCACUUUCCCCAUCCUCAAGGCUCCCCCUGCCUGGCCUCCCACCCCCAGCUCUAAUGUUGAAAGAGGCUAUAGAAAACGCUUCUACCUAGAGACCUUUGCCAACCCCUCCAAGUCUCUGUUCAGGCUUUGAAUCACAGGAAGUUGAUGAAUCUGGGAUGUUAGCAGCACCUGUCUUCAGGUCUACAGGCUUUUCAGUGGCUCACACUGCCCACCACAGGGACGAGGUCUUCUGCCCCAGGUGGCCUGGACCACCUCAGGGGCUUGAGUGUUUUCUGGGUGGGACAGGGGAGAAAUCUCAGGUGUGAGCAGGGUUCUGCUGUCUUGGAACCUUUCAUGGCUGGCUUUCCCCUUCCUGCCACCUUCCUUUCUCCCUCCAUGCCCUUCCCUGUCUCAUUUCUCUGUUGGUGUGAAAGUACCUCAUUCAAGCCGAUCAUGUCUGUCUUGUCUUACUGGGGGGGAGGGGGUUCAGCAAAGAGACAUGUAGCAUUUGCCUUACUCGGAGCCCAAUGAGCUCAGAAACUCAUGCUGUGAAUCCCAAAACAUGAUGCCCUCCUCCCCCCAGCUGUGAAAAUCAUGACACUUGGUCACACUUUUGCCUGAAGGGCAGGCUGGAGCAGAGCUAACUUAGAAGAAUCGAGACAUCUGUUCUUUAGAUCCCCCCACACCCCUUCUGCCAAGAUUGGCCUGUGUGCUCCACCCACAGAUGCUGGGACGCAGCCAAUCAUAGGUUGUAGGUGGGCUGUGGGAGCUCUAGAGCCACCGUCUCCGCCUCCAGGCCAAGAUUUGAUCUUCUUUCAUUAAAUGCUAUAUAUAUUAAGGUCAACCUUUAGGCAAUGAUGCUUUUCUCUUGUCACUUCGAGGCAGGGGAAAGAUAGGCAGUUGUUUUGUUUUUAAUUUUUUUUUCCUUUAAUGCCUGUGGGAAAAUAUUUUUAAAAUUUUCUUCUGGUGUCUGUGAAAGGACCUAGGAUGUACCACGUUGUAGGUGGCUUUAUCCAAAGCAUUACAAAGAAUUGGCAGAAGUGUCCUUUCCUAUGUACCUUCUCAGGAAGGGACCUUCCCUGCCAAGAGAACUGAACUCCUUGUGUCCAGUCACUGGACAGGGGAGGAGGCUUCAGCUGAAGGAAAUCAGAGUUUAAUAUUCAUUGAGCCACAAACCCGGCCCCCAAGGUUGUCUGGAUUUUACUGGU